CGUUAAGUUGUUGACAAAAUGGGUGGGGCGGUAUGGUGCAGAGACAAUGAUCGCAAAACCGAAUUUUCAUAGUCGAAGUAUUUUUGCAGAAAAUUUAAUCGCCGUUGAACUUAGAAAACUCGAGAUGAAAUUAUAUAAGCCGAUUUACGUAGGCAUGUGUAUCUUAUUUCUAAGACGUGUCUAUAUGAAUUUCACCACGAAUACAUGCUAUCUUUAUAUCGUAACAAAUGUAGAGUUAUGUACACCGACACUGACAGUCUCAUAUGCCUCGUCGAGUGUGAAGAUAUUUACGAGACGAUGAAACGUGAUAUCGCUAGAUUCGACACGAGCGAUUAUCCGGUCGACAACGCGUACGGUAUGCCUCUCGAGAAUAAAAAAGUUCCGGGCCUAAUGAAAGAUGAGAAUAAUGGUGUGAUAAUGACUGAUUUCGUUGGACUUAGAGCAAAGAUGUAUGCGUUAAAGGUAGAUGGAAAGAAGGAUACUAAAAAGGCGAAAGGUGUCAAGAAUAAUGUAGUAGCGCGAACCAUAACAUUCGAUGAUUAUACCCGGUGUUUGAGAGAUGAGAUCGAGAUGACGCGUCGCCAAUCAUGCAUAAGAUCCAAGCUGCAUAAAGUAUAUACGGUGUCCGAAACGAAAAUCGCUCUAAGUCCAUAUGAUGACAAGAGGUACCUCAUACCCGAUUCGGUUGAAACGUUACCGUGGGGACAUUAUCGAAUACCGCUAUAAUAUAGUGUUACGUUCGAUGAAAUUUUUCACCUAUUUCAUCUCACGUCGCGCACCGCGUUCUCGCGUGCUCCGCCGGAGCACUCGUCUCACCGAGCGCUUCCCUCCCCACGAAAUCAGACGCG